AAUAUAGCCGUCUCUCUUCGUAACGAGAAAGCGAGUGAAUACUCUAAUUUUGUACGAAAAUUAAUGGCCAGUGAAAAAAAAAAUUGGAUAAUUUUUAUUUUAGACUUUGUUUAAAUGGAAUGUUUCGUUGAAAGCGAGCAUUUUAUUGUUUGGAAAAUUUUAUGUUUUUCAAAGGAAGGGCUCGAAUAGCUCCAUUAAUUUGCGUCUUAUAAUAAAAAAGAUAAAAAUAACAAAGAAAAAAAUUAAGUCAAGUACAGCGUAGUGUGUGACAUGUGUGUGUUUUCAGUCUCCAGCAUCGAAACAAGGUAAUAGCAUAUGACCUGGUGAAUGUGUUGGUCUGUUUCGUAGUGUCUGUGUGUGAGUGCAAGUUAAUCCGUAUAGCUACGCUGGAUCUGAAAUGUAAUGACUUCUAACGACCACAUUGAAAGGCAAAUCAUGUUAAGAAACACACACACACAUCAUCACCACUGAAAUCGUCAAUGCUAUUUGAAGCGAAGCAAACGAGGAAACACUGUGAACUCGAGAGAAGUGGAGUGAAAUAAUAGAAGUUUUAUCCGAAUUGGCGAAAACGGCAAUGCUCUGCACGAAGAGGCUAUUUGGUGGACAUUUUUGUUUUUUGUGAAAUGAAACACGAAUAAAUAUUCGCCAUCGAAUUUGACAAGCACCGAACAGAUUGUCAUUGCAGUAAUAAAGAGUUGAACAUUACGAGGAAUUCAAUAAAACAUUUUGAUGUGUUGUUGUUAUUUUGCCUAAUCACAAAAUUCACUGACGACGUGAACAACUACAAAAAGUGUGUGUAAGUGAAUAGCAGCAGCAGCAGCAGCAGCUACGGAUAGCCAACACAUUGGUCGAAUGAAGAACGGGUUCAAGUUUACAAUUGAUAUCGAAAACGAAAACUGUGAAUCGCCUUUUUUUUCGCCAAACUGAACCGAAGCUAACACGACAAUUUCAAUUGAUAGACACAAUUUCCAAGUGAAACAAACCAAUCAACGAGUCGAUUAGUUCGAUCACCAAUUACAAACAUGGAGUGUCCACAUUUACGUGACAGUGUCAAAGUUAAUCGCGAUUUUAUUAAAAAUAAAAAGUGUGAACUCAGUACAAGUAGCGGUAACCGAGCAUCAACAGAAUUAAACAGUAGUGGCGGCAUUCAGUGGAGAUGUUUAGAAUGCACAUCGGACAAAGAGAAUUGGAUGUGCUUAAAUUGCGGCCAAGUGUUGUGCGGUCGCUAUGAAAAUGGGCAUGCACUGCAUCACUCGACAUUGAAUACACAGCACAAUGUUUGCUUAAACACACUGAAUUGCUCGGUGUAUUGCUACAAAUGUGAUGAUUUUGUAAUUAACGGUAAGCAUUUGUUGGACAAUUUGCGGGAGGAGUUCAAGGACGAUGAUUCAUCAUCGGAAGCAUCAAAUUCGCUUGACGAAUCGUCUUCAGUUAAAUCAUCAAAAGGAUCAGCUAGCACAUCGUCCAGCGAUUCCGGAUGGUAUGAUGAAUCGACUCCGGGCGUCGUAUCACCAACAACUGGUCGACGAUUGCGACCACGAAAACGUACAAAUUCAAAUCAGAAUGAAAACGGCAACGAAUCACCGACAAAAAAGAAAUUACUCCGAAAGGUCAUCGGCCUGAGAAAUUUAGGUAACACAUGUUUCAUGAAUUCAGUGCUACAAUCGCUGAACAAUAUCGAAGAGUUUAGCUUGUACUUCAACACGCUGCCAUCGCUAGAAACAAAAUCAACACAGCAACAACAGAAACGUGUUUACUACUCACGUUCGCUGAAAGAGAGCGUGAGCGAUGCAAAUGUCGCCGAAGAAUUACGCAAAGUAUUAAUCAAUCUCAGCCAAGGUGGUGACGGCUCAAAAGCGAUCUCUCCCGAAUGCUUGUUCUUGGUCAUUUGGAAAGUUGUACCACAGUUCCGUGGCCAUCGACAACACGAUGCACAUGAAUUCCUGCGCUAUAUGCUCGAUCGUCUGCACACUGAACUACAGUAUGUGAUCACAGCUCCGGAAUCGACGAAUGGCACACAAAAAUUCACAAUCAAAGAUUGGAAUGGAAGCGAUGGAAACGGUCUAAGCAGCGAACCAAGCAACGCCACAUUUCGAAAUAAAAGUUCAAUCGUCACAAAUGUCUUUGGUGGCACGCUACAGAGUGAGGUGCGUUGUCUAAUCUGUGGAAUGGAGAGCAAAAAGCAUGACCCUUUCUUGGAUCUAUCGUUAGACAUUCCCGAGAAAUUCUACAAAGAAACCGACGCUGAUGGUCGCCCCGUUUGUAACAUAGCCGAUUGUCUAUCAAGUUUCACAGAGGUGGAAGAGUUGGCCGAAACCGAAUUAUAUUACUGUAACUCGUGUAAGUGCAAACAAAAGUCAACCAAACGUUUCUGGAUCCGUCGACUACCGAAUGUACUGUGUUUGCACAUCAAACGUUUCCGCUGGAAUAACUUUUUCCGAACGAAAAUUGAUUUACGUAUCAAAUUUCCAAUUAAAUCAUUGGACAUGUCACAGUAUGUGUUGAACAAUGUACCCGAGACCAGACGCUCCAAUUUGAACAAUAAUGUUUAUGAUCUAGCUGCGGUUAUCGUUCAUCAUGGCAAUGGUUCGAGUUGUGGUCAUUAUACAUCAUAUGCGAACAACAAUGGCACAUGGAUGCAUUUCAACGAUCAAACCGUGAAACAGGUGCAAACGAGCGCAGUGGCUGAAUGUAAACCGUACAUUUUGUUCUACAUUCGAAGGGACCUAAACAAUUCGACAUGAGAUUAGGCAUUAAGACUGAGAGUUCCGAGUUUUUUCUUCUCCAAACCUACUGAAAAUGGCAAAGAGGCAUUUUACAAGCAGCAGGAAAAGUAAACACUAAAACAAGCAUCAGCUUAAAAAAAAAAAUCCGAUUAAAAAAACAGCAACAACAACCUAAUUUGUUAUAUAACAAUUACAUGAACUUAUUCCGAUGUAUCAAACAUUCGUAAUUCACAUACACACACAGAAUGCAACAACAACAAAACAUACACUCACUCACCCAUAAUUACAAAUGAGUCAUUCGAGAUUUCUAAUCCGUAAUGAAGAGUAGGAUAUGUAUACACACUUGAAGAACAUUAUUGCUAAAGUAACACAAUAUUCUGGAAAAUAUAAUAUAAUCAACAGAAUCCAUGAUUGUAGCAAAGAGAAAAAACAAUGGGCAAAAAAUAGCAACACUCUCUCGGGAAUGAUUUUCUGUUUGAUAUGAAUGUGACAGUGAACCCGAAUGGUAUGAUUGCAUUCAUCUCACAACUAUAUUACAUUUGAGAAAUGUAAGCCAACAGAAAAGCAUUUCAAUUAAGAGUGUCGAACAGCAUAUUUGCGCUCUAAAUUACACUCUCAAUUUUGGUGAGCAAACAUAUACGAAUCUAGACUAGAAUUCAAUCUGAUUUGAAAUCAUUGAAUGAGUCAUAUUUUAUGUCAUCCAAGAAAAAACCGUUUGAAUUCACAUUAUUUUCCGCAAUUCAAACCAAUAGAAUUCUUUUUUCUCUUUUUAUUUUAUGAUAGAAUAAACAUUUUUUUUUUAUAUAUAUAUAAUUUGAAUUUAUGUAAUCCGAUUGUUUAAGAAGAUCUAAUUAGAACAUACACACUCUUUUUAUUCAUGUCAAAAAUAGAUAUAUUUUUUUUUUUGUGUGGAAAACAAUUGACAGUGACUAAAGAAGCUAUUUAAUAGACAUUCAUCUGAUGCAAUAUUUUGCAAGUGAAAGAAGAAAAAAAUACAAACACCCAUAUUUUAUUGGUCAUAAAA